UUAGGUGACGUUUGCAGAGUUUUUAAAAGUUGAAAGCGCGCAGGAUUCAGCGCAUGCGCAGUGUGCGUCCGUUAGGCCGUUGUGCUGGAGCGGGAAUCCAUACACGGUGACGAGAGAGAAACUGUCAGACUGCAGCACAUCUCUCUGAUUAACAAAGCCGAAAAAGCCGGGCAACAUGCCUCGAGAAAUCAUCACCCUGCAGCUCGGACAGUGCGGGAAUCAGAUUGGCUUUGAGUUUUGGAAGCAGUUAUGUGCUGAGCAUGGCAUCAGUCCGGAGGGCAUUGUAGAGGAGUUUGCUACUGAGGGUACUGACCGGAAAGAUGUCUUCUUCUAUCAGGCAGAUGAUGAACACUACAUCCCUCGGGCUGUGCUCUUGGACCUGGAGCCCAGAGUCAUUCACACCAUCCUAAAUUCCCCCUAUGCCAACCUGUAUAACCCAGAGAACAUCUAUCUGUCUGAGCAUGGAGGUGGAGCUGGUAACAACUGGGCCAGCGGCUUCUCACAGGGGGAAAAAAUCCACGAGGACAUCUUUGACAUCAUCGACAGAGAGGCAGAUGGCAGUGACAGUUUGGAGGGGUUUGUGCUGUGUCACUCCAUUGCUGGAGGAACCGGAUCUGGUCUGGGGUCUUAUCUCCUGGAAAGACUGAACGACAGGUAUCCCAAAAAACUGGUUCAGACCUACUCCGUAUUUCCUAACCAGGAUGAGAUGAGUGAUGUCGUCGUCCAGCCUUACAACUCUCUCCUGACGCUAAAGAGACUGACCCAGAAUGCAGACUGUGUGGUGGUGUUAGAUAACACAGCUUUGAACAGGAUCGCUACAGACCGGCUGCACAUUCAGAACCCUACGUUCUCUCAGAUCAACCAGCUGGUGUCCACUAUAAUGUCAGCGAGCACAACGACCCUCCGUUACCCCGGCUACAUGAACAAUGACCUUAUUGGUCUGAUUGCAUCACUUAUUCCCACUCCCCGCCUCCACUUCCUCAUGACUGGAUACACACCACUGACCACCGAUCAGUCGGUGGCUAGUGUGAGAAAAACUACAGUUCUGGAUGUGAUGAGGAGGCUACUACAGCCCAAGAACGUCAUGGUGUCCACAGGCCGAGACCGCCAGACCAAUCACUGCUACAUUGCUAUUCUCAACAUCAUCCAGGGAGAGGUGGACCCUACGCAGGUUCAUAAAAGCUUGCAGAGGAUCAGAGAGAGAAAGUUGGCUAGUUUUAUCCCAUGGGGUCCGGCUAGCAUCCAAGUAGCACUGUCACGCCGAUCUCCCUACUUGCCUUCAGCCCAUCGGGUCAGUGGUCUUAUGAUGGCCAAUCACACCAGUAUCUCCUCGUUGUUUGAGCGUACCUGUCGUCAGUACGAUAAGCUGAGAAAGAGAGAAGCUUUCCUCGAACAAUUCAGGAAGGAGGACAUCUUCAAGGAGAAUUUUGAUGAGCUGGAUAACUCUCGCGAGGUGGUCCAGCAGCUUGUAGACGAGUACAGUGCCGCCACACGUCCUGACUACAUUUCCUGGGGCACACAAGAGCAAUGAAAACACCCUAAAGCUCUUGAUCCACCAGGUUUAACAAGGCCGUAAACUGAUCCUGUCAUUCUACUAGCAAACUGCAGUAUUGAUGUGGUAAAUGCACCUCUCAACCAGAUAAUCAUGUUUAUAAGCCCAUCAUCACCAUCACUGUACUGUUACUCCAGAGCUAUGUGUGUGUAAGAACUUUUUACAUAUGUAUAUACUUGUAAUUUUCAUCUGUUAACUGGCCUAUUGAUUAGUUCUUCAUAACCCGGUGCCUCUUUUUCACUCUUUAUCUGUCCUUUAUUUCUUGUUUAUUUUUCUUGGUCAGUCAGUUUAAUGCUCUCAAGUCUAUUUUUGUAAUGCACUCUUCUGCACAUCAAUGUCAAGGUGAUGCACAGUGGCCUGCUCACAAGCCUUCAUGACCACACACAUUUUGGGUAGAUAAGACUGGGUGGUCUUUGAUGAAUGUAACUGUAGGAGGGAGCGUGAAAGAUUAAGCUUCUUUGGAAAACAAAACUAAAAGUAGCUUAUGAGUACAAAGUCUUACUCCCUCGUAUUCACGCAUGCAUGCUUUUAAACAAAAAGCACUUGCUUUCAGGGCAUAGACAAUGAUUGUGGGUGAAUAAUUUUUUUCUUUUUUUGAAACCACUUCUUGCAGAUUACACUAGAAGAUUAUCUCGAGUGUAUCAACAAUGUCAAGUGGUAUACUUAAAGACAUGCUCAAAUCAGUGAUGUUACCUCAAAGUAUGGCGAACUCAAUCAUUCACAUACUUUAACAACUCAAAUGCCUUGUGUUUCCAAGAUAUAUAUACACAUAUGCUAGUGCUCGAUUUUCCUACAUACUGGGAAAAUCUUGUACCUUCUGUGUGGACCUCUCAUGCUAAAUUUCUUGCUCUACCAUGUGUUCUUGUUGUAGUUAUUAUUAUAUUGUGUACAUAGUUUGCAGUCAGACCUGACGAAGUAUAAAGUUCACGAGAUUUAAUAAAUGUUUUUCUACAAGGAACAUUUCCAUGAUUUUUGGUUUUAUCCAUGUGUUAAAAUGCUUAUUACUCGUUACAGUAAAUUUUUUACGAUUACGUGAGAGUCUACGUACAGUCAAUUUGGGUCAUCAGCACCGCCGGAUCUAUGAAAUCUUGUGUUGUACGCGUCACGCCCCGUUCAGAUCACCAGUGACUAGCAGUAGCAGAGCGACGAGAUCUCAUUGAUUUCAAUAGAAGCUUGGCGACUGGAUGGGGCUAUCUCGUCGCGUGACAUUCGAAAAAAGUUUAACUUUAUGCAAAUGAUGAGUGACUUUUUGGAGCGACUACCAAUGAGAGUGAAGCAGUGAAGUUCAUGUCAUCCAUCUCUCGUCAUUUACUGGAGUGGACGUUACUCAUUCGUUUGUGAAAACUAGAUUUAGGGGUCGAUCACACCAAAAGCGUUUAUGGCAGUUGCAGGCGCUUUUUUGAAUGAUAUUUUAUGGGCAGGGAGCGUUUGCACGCUGUUUAUGCGCGCCGGGCGCCUUGCGGUUUUUGCCGCCAGCCGCAGCUUUUGAAGGAUCACUGAGAGCGGAGAAGCGCCCACGUCAAUCGCUUCUUUCCAUUGUCCAAUCGAAAUGAGGGGAGAGGCGGGCCUUACGUUGUGGUGAGGGAAGUUUACAGUUGCUUUGAAGAACCGGACUCCACUCGCUCACUCUCUCCUGCGUGUUUGUGCACCUCUCACCCUCAAACAAGGUCAGAGCAAGCGCCCUCUUUUUAAAGUUUCUGCUAAUAUGACAGUUAACAGCAAAAGAGCGCUCACGCUUCAAUAUUUGAUUGACAAGACAGCUGACUUGAUGGUUGCUUAGUAAUAUAAAAAGCCGCGUCACACUGCUCUUUUUAAAAAAAGGCAGUGGGUCGUGCCUUGCGUUUCCAAGCGUUUAAAGCACUUUUGGUGUGAUUAGCCCCUUAGAAACACAUCCUAACAACCUCUUUGAAAGAGACGAGCGACACACAGUGACACAGUGGCUUUAUUCAUUUCAAUGGAAGCUUGGCGAUUUCCGGCAACACGAGCAAAAGUGACAGUUGGCAACCAUAUGGGCAUGUCCAGCGACGUGAAAAAGUGGACGGUACCUAUUUGUUUAUGGCAACCAGAUUUAGAAACGCCUCAUUGAAAGAGACUGGUGGUGAUACAUAGCGAGGAAGUCGCUGUUGGUCUGAAUGGGGUGUAAGUAUAGCGUAGCCGCGCAUGUAGUAUGUCGCAAUGCACAUGCAUCAAAAGUCAGUGCAAUGAAUCAAAAUCUCUUUAAAGUGCCUAUUGCUGUCCCCAUCAGAAUCACUCUGUCCUCAUGAAUAUAAUCAAAAAUAAUGAAAUUCUGAGGUUUAAUUAUAAAUGGCCAAACAUUUACACACAUACAAGUUCAAUGAUAAGUCUCUUGAAAUAUGUUUUUCCCAUUUUAUACUAUUUUCUUUGAUUGAAUGUACAUUAGAUAAAAUUCAAAACCUUUAUGAUUUUUCUUAUUGUCCUCAACAAGUUAUUUAAUAAAACAAGUCAUUUUUAUAUUUAUAUAAAAUUUUCAUAAUAAUAUGAAGCAUUUUGCACGUGUCCCUGAAAUUGCUCACCACCCUUUCAUUUUGAGGUAAACGCCCCUUUAAGAAACCAACUAAUGUAGUAAGUGACAUCCAGUCCCCCAUUUGGUAUUUCUUCAUAGGAGGUUAAAACAUAUAAUGCACACACAAAAAGUAUCUACACUUAUUUUUCCUUAUUUUCAUCAUAUUGGGUUUGUAGUUGCAUGUUUGCAAGCCAAGUCCACCCUUUCAUUAUGAAAUAUUAAUUAGCAGAAAAUCAAAAUAUGUAUUUUAAACAGUGCACAGUCAGCUUCAACAGUGAAUCACUUAGCCAACUCCAGCUACAUCAUGUGUUCAUUAAAUGCUAAAAAAUUUCAUGAAAAUUUACAUUGAAUUUUCAUGAGA